GAAGGUGGCUGGGGCGGUUCACGUUCUGAUCCACUCCACGCCGGCACCGAGUGAUUCUCGGGAGUCAUCGGUUCGUGCCCGACCCCUGCGCCUAGCGGACGACCACGAGAGGGGAGCCCUGCAGUGGAAUCGACCUAUGCCACUAGAGAACCCGGUGCAUGACAUUCAACCAGGAGACCGAGUAUAUGUGAAGAAUUGGUCCACACAUCCCUUGAAGGAAACAUGGGACGGGCCCCGGCAAGUGAUCCUAACAACCUAUACGGCAGUAAAGGUCGAAGGAAUCGACUCAUGGAUCCAUUACACUCGAGUCAAGAAAGUCCCUGCACAAUGGGAAACCCAGCUGGUCUCCCCAACGCAGAUGAUUUUUCGCAGAAAGUAGCAUUUUUGAUUAUAUUGUUACUGGAAAUAACGAAACCAAUUCUUAUUAAUGGUUCUGUUGUAGUUGCAGCUACCGAACCAGUGGUGGAUGUCAUAAAUGGAAUAGAUGUGAACCUGACCUGUUUUGUAGCGAAUGACCAGAAAACUGAAGUCCAGAAUAUACAAGCAACCUGGAAGAAAGGUGCCAAUAUAGUCACGGUUUGGGAUAAGGAUGCACGAAGAGCAAAGGUUCAGAGAAGAAGAGUGACAAGGCAAGUAAUGGAAGGGACGGGACAGCCCGAGAUAGAAACGGAUCUAGAUAGGAAAGGUCAUGAGAACCUAGUAGUAGGAUUAAUCAGAGAUUUUGGAAUGGUGCAAAACGUAUCCCGAAUUACAGCAUGCUUGCCACUCCCAAAAGCAGCAGGAGAACCAAUCCCAUGGGGAAUUGUUCCUGUGGGACAAUUGCCGAAUGCCACUGUAAAUGUUACGUGGAAUUGCAAAGUUGAAACCAAGGAAAAAGGGGAAUGGGUAACUGUAUGUGCAAUCUUAAGUUCGUCUAGAGUAUCCAAAGAGCAGUGUGAACAGAUGCCAGGUUAUUAUGCAUGGGAUCACCCACAGAUACCAAGAAGGUGUUUAGUAAUACCUGAAAAGACAACGUAUCCUUGCCAAGUAUCUAGGGUAUGGAAAAACAGAUAUGAGAAAGAAGAGGUAUGUCAAAAUGAUACUAAAAUAACCACCAUGGAAGAAUGGAAAAGUAUUUGGGGACCCAGCUUGUUAGAAACAUAUAGUUACUUAGGAAAGGUAAACUGGUGCAUAGAAUGGAAGGGAAAAAGAGAACAAGACUAUGGAAAGAAAUCAUCGCAGAAAGACAAGUUUCGCCAGAAGGGGAGAGCAGUAGGGUUAUGGAAUUGUUCUCAAGUUCUUACUUGUGAUACUAAAAAUCAAAUAGGGAUAGAGCCAGUAAAAAUUUUGUUACAAUGGGGAUGUGAGUGUAGGGGAUAUAACCAUUCACUUAAAGGAAAGAUUAGGGGCCGAUGGGAUUGUAAAACUACUACUGUAAGAAGUCCCGGGAACCUAGUCUGGGUGACAGGACAUGGACAUUGGACUACUCAUAUGCCAGUAGACGGCCCGGUAACCCAGAUAACAUUAGGGGUUCCCACAUUAUGCCCCUUUUGGAAAGAGUCAAAUUUAACUUGGGAAGAAAUUAGAGGAAGAAUGAAACGGGAAAUUGGAGAUGACGUACCAAUUGAAGAUGAAUGGCACGAACCUGACGCUGGAGUUGCAAUUGGGUGGGUUCUAGAAUCACUCUUUACACCUGUAGCUGCUUUUAGGAACAGAGAAAUGCUGUACAAAUUGCUAGGGCAAACUGAAAGAUUAGCAGCAGCCACUAAGAAAGGAUUCAAAGAUAUAAAUUCACAAUUGCAAGCCACAUCCCGAAUGACUUUGCAGAAUAGGAUGGCCUUAGAUAUGCUAUUGUUAAAAGAGCAUGGUGUGUGUCAGUAUUUAAAAACAAAGAUUGACCAUUGUUGCAUCCAUAUUCCAAACGUGACUUUAGAAGUAGAAAAAGAUAUUUCUCAAUUAGAAACAAUUGAAUUUAAAACAAGAGACAUUGAGAAGGAGGCACAACACAAUUGGAUUGGAGAAAUUUUUGAAUCUUUAGGACUUUCAGUUUCUGGAUGGGUGUCGUCAGUGAUACAGAAUGUUCUGUUAUUUGCAGUCCUACUACUAAUUAUUUGGUUAGUGUAUAAGUGUGUUUUAGGAGUCAUUGAAAGAGAAACAAGACGCACCAGAAGAGUGAUGAAGGCCUUAACAAGAGAUAAUGAGAAGUACCCGCCUCCUCCGAAGUAUGAAAUUGCCGUCGGGCGAGAAAAUCCAGCAUUUGAAAGACCCAACGAUAACUAAGAGUUGAGCAUUCUUGCAGAAGACUGAAGAAUGCUCAAAAGGGGGGAAUUAUGUUGCCAUCACAUUCAUCUUAUUCAAUAAACUGUAUUAAGUUAGUAGCAAAUGUUAAGAAUUGACAGUAGUUGACAGUAGUUGACAUUAGUAGUAGUAGUCAUGCUAAGGCUUGGUAGGCCGCAUGUAACCUGCAGAUGAACUUUAUAGCAGAUUUUGUAAUGUAAGCAGUGUAGCUAAUUAUGAUAAGGAGUGUAUCCAUUUAUCUAGGGAAUGUACCUUUGGCAGAAACCUAAAUGUCAGAAAGAUAAUUGUACCAGGUGGUAAAAGUGAAGUAAGAAUUUGUAAUGAUGAAGAAAUCAUGUAA